AUGUUACGUUGUGGAUUGAGACAGGCAAUGAGGCCUCUGGGCCGUCGUUCGCUGGCGGUGGCGGCUGGAGAGUCUGAUGUGGUCGAGAUUUCCUUACCAGAGUCCUCGUUCGAAGGGUACAUGCUGGAAGUACCAGAACUCAAGUACGAGACUACCAAGGGUACCUUGUUGCAAAUGUACAAGGAUAUGAUCAUUGUCAGAAGAAUGGAAAUGGCCUGUGAUGCUUUGUACAAGGCCAAGAAGAUUCGUGGGUUUUGUCAUUUGUCGGUGGGGCAAGAAGCUAUCGCCGUUGGUAUCGAAAAUGCUAUCACAAAGCGUGAUUCUAUCAUUACUUCGUACCGUUGUCACGGCCAUACCUAUAUGCGUGGUGCUCCAGUGAGAAAUGUCUUAUCAGAGUUGAUGGGGAGACGUUCUGGUGUUUCCUAUGGUAAAGGUGGAUCUAUGCAUAUGUAUGCCCCAGGUUUCUAUGGUGGGAAUGGUAUCGUGGGUGCGCAAGUCCCUCUAGGUGCAGGUUUGGCCUUUGCUCACCAAUACAAGAAUGAAGAUGCUUGCUCUUUUACCCUUUACGGUGAUGGUGCUUCUAACCAAGGUCAAGUGUUUGAAUCUUUCAACAUGGCCAAAUUGUGGAAUUUGCCCGUUGUGUUCUGUUGUGAAAACAACAAGUACGGUAUGGGUACUUCUGCUGCUCGUUCUUCUGCUAUGACCGAAUACUUCAAACGUGGUCAAUACAUCCCAGGUCUCAAAGUUAACGGUAUGGAUAUCCUAGCUGUUUACCAAGCCUCAAAGUUUGCGAAGGACUGGUGUGUUUCUGGCAACGGACCACUAGUGCUUGAAUACGAGACAUACAGAUACGGUGGUCACUCUAUGUCCGAUCCAGGUACUACUUACAGAACCAGAGACGAAAUUCAGCACAUGAGAUCUAAGAACGAUCCUAUUGCUGGUCUAAAGAUGCACUUGUUGCAACUGGGAAUUGCCACAGAAGAUGAAGUUAAGGCUUACGACAAGGCUGCUAGGAAAUAUGUCGAUGAGCAAGUCGAAUUAGCUGAUCAAGACCCUGCUCCAGAAGCAAAGAUGUCUAUCUUAUUCGAAGAUGUCUACGUCAAGGGCACUGAGACCGAAACUUUGAGAGGAAGAAUCAAGGAAGAUACUUGGGACUUCAAGAAAAAUGGUUUCGCCUUCAGAGACUAA